AAUGAUUGAUCAUAUUCAUCUCUCUGUCUCUCUCUCUCUCUCUCUCAUCAUGUGUUGAGUACUGAGUCAAACUGAAAACUCAUUCUGACACAACCACAACCACAUUCGUAAACAUAUCCACUAUUUUGUUUCUGACUUUGUGUGUGGUGUGUUGUGUUUUAUGGAGCUUGUCCCAUAUUCUGAUCCGAACUCCGCCACCACCCUACCAUGGCAGGACAUGUUCCGAUCCGCAUCUGUGCGAAAACCCACCUCAUCUCCUCCACCACACGCGCCGCCGCCAUCGAAUGCCGAUCAAAAAUUCAAUCUUUCCGGCGACUCCCAGGUACGCCUCGCCCUCUACAUAGCCAUGGCCCACGCUGGUCUUGCCCUCACCAUUAUCGUUCUCUACGGUCUCUGCAAACUGUUGGAACAAUAUCUCAAACCCCUUCAAUGGGCUGUGCUCUGUUCCAUCCCUCUUAGACUCAUUCACCAAACCAUCGUUUCCUUUUGGUCUCAGCCUCUCAAACUAGGCCUCUUCUACACCUUCUUCGCCGUUCCCCUUUCCAUUUUCAGGGUCUUUGUAACCACCCUCGUUGAGAUUCGCGAAGCUUCUUUCAGGUUUAUUCUCAGGAAACCAAAACCUGAGAACCCUCUUGCAAGAAAGCGAAGUGGGUUUUCCACUUUACUUCGUUUGCUCUUGUCUUUUGGGAUUUUCGUUAUCGCUUAUGAGAGGCUUGGUGGUGUUGGGUCUUUGCCACUUCUCGGAUUAGGCUUUGUUUUCAGUUCAAAGAAUGUAGAUUCCACUUUUUCUUCAUUUAGGAGUAUCAGCUUCGGGCGUAGCGCAAUUGGUGCCUUUUUCACCAGAGGGAUAUUGAAGAGGUUGAAAACCAUUGUUGCUGUUGGGUUGAUUGUAGGUAUGAUUGUUGGUUUUUUGACUGGGGUGAUAUUCUUCUCUUAUAAGAUUGGAGUUGAAGGGAAAGAUGCUGUGAUUUCGCUGAAAUUGCAUGUGGAAGAGAGCAAUUAUGCUGAGAAAAUUGGGGUUAGGAAGUGGAUGGACGAGAAUGAUGUUCCUGGAAUGGUAGAUAGGUGCACUACUCAGUUCUAUGAGACAGUGUCUGAUCAGAUUGAUGGUUUGGCAAAACAGUACAAUAUGACGGAAUUUGUGACCGGUAUUAAGCAAUUUGUGAUAACUAGUCCUGCUAACUCUUCUCAACCUUCAACAGCUUUAAUCACACCCUCACCGUACACUGAAAAGUUCUUGAGUUUGAAGAGUCGGGUUAGAAAUAGGGAAUGGAGCCAGAUUUAUACAGAAGUAGACACCCUUUUUCGCGAGAUUAUAAUCACUCGUGAGGAUUUGGUUGAAAAGGCAAAAGGAUUUGCCAUUAAAGGAAUGGAUGUCGGUCAACGUAUUCUAGCUAGUAGUACAACUGUGCUUGGAGGUGGUGCAAAGUUUGUUUUCUCCAUUUUGAAUUCCAUAAUCUCUGGAGCUGCAGGGGUUUUCAAUUUUGUAUCUCAGACAAUGGUAUUUUUCUGGGUUUUGUAUUAUCUCAUCACAUCAGAGUCUGGUGGGGUAACAGAACAAGUGAUGCACAUGCUUCCAAUUUCAAACUCAGCUAGGGUCAGAUGUGUUGAAGUGUUGGAUAAAGCUAUUUCAGGAGUCCUUUUGGCCACUGCUGAGAUUGCAUUUUUCCAGGGAUGUCUGACUUGGCUUUUAUUUAGGCUCUACAGAAUACAUUUCUUGUAUAUGUCAACUGUCCUUGCCUUCAUAAGCCCUUUGCUACCCAUAUUUCCAUCUUGGCUUGCAACAAUCCCAGCAGCAAUACAACUAAUGCUUGAAGGAAGAUACAUAGUGGCCAUUGUCUUGUCUGUUAUUCACCUUUUCCUCAUGGAUUAUGGAGCAACUGAAAUUCUGGAAGAUGUGCCUGGGAAUAGCGCAUAUCUUACUGGGCUGAGUAUCAUUGGGGGAAUGACGUUGUUUCCAUCAGCUCUAGAGGGAGCUAUUAUGGGGCCAUUGAUAACUACAGUUAUGAUUGCUCUGAAGGAUUUAUAUGCUGAAUUUGUUUUGGGCGAACCUGAUGAAGAGGCCAAGCAGAAGGCAAGCUAGACAUCUACCUACGGUAUUGAUUUGCAGUUGAAGAUGGCUGCAAGUACAUUGUUCUUUGCCACUCUAUUAAUGGAGCUUGUAUCUUGAUUUGUUUGUAAUUAUAUCUUUGUAUCAUUAGAUUAUUAUAAUUGUUAAAAUAGGACUUUGUUUUCCUCUUCUUUUUCUCCAUUUUAGGGGUCACAAAGAUUUUCACUUGGUGGCGAUUGUUCCAUAGUUGUACUGGUGUUGUACAUUUAGUCCUGUACGGGUAUUCUUGAAAGAAUUUUUCUUAUUCAUUGUACCCAAAGGCAAAAAUAAAUACAAAAACACAUAUGAGCU